AUGUUCUCCGCUCGAUGCCAAGAACGUGGAGCACAAGAACAAGAACAGGCGAAGUAUUACGCUUACUGCAGAACCACCAGGCGGCAACAACCGUCAGUCCACUAUUACAAGUUCACGGCGCAGUUGUCCAGCGUGGGGGCAGAAAUUGGCACAGCACGAGGCCAACCGCCCAGCAGCCCGGUGGAGAGAAUGGCCAACAUUAGAAGCAGGCAAGAGUUUGGAUCCUUCUAUAGCGCUGCGGGUGCAUAUUCUUACGAUAUCGUCAAAAGCCCUGUUCGGGACAAGGUUUAG